AUGGAGCGCCUAUUGAGAUUUGGUGCAGAUGGACUUUCCUUUGGCCAACCUAGUUCCCAGCCCACUGAUGGACCCGUUCCUGAUACUGCUGAGCAGGUGUACAUCAGCUCUCUCGCUUUAUUAAAGAUGCUUAAGCACGGUCGGGCUGGCGUCCCGAUGGAAGUAAUGGGUUUGAUGCUUGGAGAAUUCGUUGACGACUACACAGUAACUGUUGUGGACGUGUUCGCAAUGCCACAGUCUGGUACUGGCGUUAGUGUUGAGGCUGUUGAUCCUGUUUUUCAGGCAAAAAUGAUUGAUAUGCUCAAGCAGACUGGGCGACCAGAAAUGGUGGUUGGGUGGUAUCAUUCUCAUCCUGGUUUUGGUUGUUGGCUUUCUGGGGUCGAUAUGAACACACAACAGAGUUUUGAAGCUCUCUCUGAUCGCGCUGUCGCUGUGGUUGUAGAUCCAAUUCAAAGUGUUAAAGGAAAAGUUGUCAUCGAUGCUUUCCGAUUAAUCAAUCCGAAUAUGGUUAUUGCCAACCAAGAACCUAGGCAAACGACUUCAAAUCUUGGCCAUCUCAACAAACCAUCGAUCCAGGCUCUCAUCCACGGUCUCAAUCGUCAUUAUUACUCCCUCCCGAUUAACUACCGGAAAAAUAAAAGGGAACAAACAAUGUUAAUGAAUCUGGACAAGCGUACAUGGCAAGAAGGGCUAACUCUAGAGGACUACUCAGUUCAUUGCAAUGCUAACCACAAGACCCUUCUUCAAGUACUUGAUCUUGUCAAAACCUACAACAAAUCUCUGGAGGAUGAGGAAAAGAUGACUCCAGAACAGUUGGCCAUUAAAAAUGUUGGGAAAAUGGAUCCUAAGCGACAUCUUGAAGAAGACGUGGACGAACUUGUUGCCAAUAACAUCACCCAAGGAUUGGGAGCGAUGCUUCAUUCUCUUGUGUACAAUUAA